AUGACACCAUCUUUACCAACAGAUUGUCUUAAUGGUAUAUUUAGAUAUUUAUUAGACGACGCAAGUUCACUUCAUUCUUGUUUAUUAGUGAAUACAUUAUGGUGUGAAAUAGCAAUCCCACUCUUGUGGAAUAAUCCGUGGCAGAGCACGCAACUUUUUAUAGAUAGAAAUUGGCCAGCGAUUAUAAGAACAUUUUUAUCUUGUUUACCUGAAGAAUCUAAAGAUAUAUUGAGAAAUAAUGGAAUAGAUCUAUUACAGACAAUAUCAUCGAAACCUCCCUUAUUUGAUUAUGUAGGGUAUUGUCAAUAUUUAUCGCCUACUGUGAUGGAUAGGCUUAAAAGAAUUCUAACGGUUGGAGAAGAUAAUAAAAAAAUAGUUGAUGGCGAAUAUUAUUCGUCUAGAUUAUACAGAGAACACUUAGUAGAACAAGAAUUUUAUAAAUUAUUUAUGUCACGAUGUUCUCUUAAACAUCUUGUUUUGCCAAGGAUUCCUUUAUCUUAUUUUCCUGGGGCAAAUCAUUGUCUAGAAUAUCUUCGACACCUUAAAUGUUAUAUCGAUAGACCACCAGAAUUAUUUUAUGGAUUAGCUCAUAUCAGCAGAAACCUUCAUCGACUGACAAUUUGUCAUUGUGAUGAGGAUAAUGAAGGUUUGGUCACUCUGAUUAAAUUACAAAAAGGAUUAAAAUCUCUUGUGUUGGAUUCGUCUGAAGACUAUGUUAGUACUUGUCCAAGAAUUGGUCAAGCAUUAAUCACUCAAUCGCAUUCUUUAUCUUUCCUUAAAAUACGACAAAGUUUAUGUAUUCCUCCGGAAACUAUUGCUUAUUUCAUUAAUUUAAGAAUUUUGCAAUUGGAAAUAACAACAAGGGUUGCAAAUAUGGAAUUAUUAUCUCAUACAACCUUACCUAAACUUGAGAUUUUGGAUAUUUUUUGUGAUGAGAAUGCUCCAUUUAGUACUUAUUCAAGUUUAAUUUCAAAUUCUGUUUCUGCUUCAAAUUCUCCUUGUUUGCAAAGAAUUUAUUGGAAUGACAUUACUCCACCUGUUUGUAUCGAGGAAAUUAAGCAUUUUAUACAAAUAUUAUUACCAGCUUCCUCUACAUUAAGAUUCUUGACUAUUUGGUGGUCAGAAGAAACUCAGAAAGAACUUUUCACUUUAUUGAAUUUAUGUCGUCAAUUAGAAGCAAUUAAAUUUUGUUAUCAAGAUCCAAAUUCGAAUUCGGAUGUAUAUUAUUCAGAUGAAAGUUGUACAGGAAAUGCCGUACAAGGAAAAUUGAUUUUUGAAUUAUUGGAAAUGAUAUCACAUGGAAAUGAAAAUUUAUGUAUUUUAUGUUUACAAGGAAAAUGGACUUUUACUUCGAAAGAAUUAAUAGAUUUUUUGGAAUUUUGGAAAGAAAAUCAAAAAAAUUCGUUAUCAUUAUAUUUAUUACCUUAUGGAAGGAUAGAUUUCGACAGAAUUCUUCAAAAAUAUCUAACAAGCGGUGUUUUGAAAGAUAUUGGUUAUAAAGGUUAUUUAGAUACAAUUCCUUUUUUGAGAAAUUUCUGGACUUUUUAG